AUAAGUCAAGGCGAUAGCUGUGUUCCCUCUACCUUCACUUACCUCUGACACCAUGUCUUUCUCUGGAAAAUACCAACUGGAGUCUCAGGAGAACUUUGAGCCUUUCAUGAAGGCCAUUGGUCUUCCUGAUGAGCUCAUCCAGAAAGGCAAAGAUGUCAAGAGUGUCUCUGAGAUUGAGGAGAGCGGCGACAACUUUAAGGUGACGGUCACCACAGGCACUAAAGUCCUCGUCAACUCUUUUACCAUCGGACAAGAGGCCGAGCUGGAGACAAUCACUGGUGAGAAGGUCAAGGCGGUGGUUCGGCGUGAAGGAAACACACUGAAGGUUUCCCUGAAGGGAAUCGAGUCAGUCACCCAGCUGGAGGGUGACACAAUUGUCAAUACUAUGACACUUGGUGACAUUGUUUACAAGAGGACAAGCAAACGCAUUUAACUGUGCGACUGGCAUAAUAAAAGUAUUGAAGGAAAA